AUGGCUUGUGAGGGAAGCAAAAAACGCAAUCUUCCUGAAUGGAUGACAAAGCCAAAGCAAGUUGACAGUGAGGACAAUAGCUUAUUAUCGAAAAAGCCYRGUCGCACACUACCAAGCAGUUUCUAUGAAGGCUUUGAUGAUGCAAAACUACCGUUGCUUCAUUUCAGCGGUAAAAUAGUUUAUUGCUWUCACMRRGAUGAGUGUAAUUUCAUCUGUGAAGAAUUGAUCAGWGAGAAAAGGGAAAAUGUGAUGGGMUUUGACAUGGAAUGGAAAGUGUCAUUURUAAAGGGAGGUGGUUCAAGAAAAACUGCACUCAUACAACUGUGUCCUUCAGAAAACACAUGUUAUUUAUUUCAGUUGUCAAGAAUGACAGGUUUUCCUGUUGCUUUGAAAUCAAUGUUAGAAGAUGAAACAAUAUUGAAAGCAGGUGUUGGUAUCCAAAGUGACAUUGAUAAAUUAUCAAGAGAAUUUGAUGUUUAUCCAAAAAACAUUGUUGAUUUAUCAAUCUUGGCAAAUGAAAAGCUGAAAUCAAAUGAAAACUGGCGUCUAACUGGUCUUGUAAUGAACCUGUUCAAACAACAGCUGAACAAAGAUAACAACAUUCGCUGUAGUGAUUGGGAGCUAACACCUCUUUCAUAUGAGCAAAAGCUAUAUGCAGCAACUGAUGCAUAUGCUGGCUUAAUAGUAUACAAACAGCUUMUAUCAAUGAAUUGAACAAAACUACCUACAGAUAGGAUUAUAUAAUAUAUUAUUCUGAAUAAUUCCAAAAGAAAUAUGAAAUGAUUGUCCACUUUCA